UCCCCGAUUUUUUUUUCGCCGACAUACUCAGCAACAUAUGAAAAUUUUGGUGUGAGUGAGGACUUUGAUAUUUUUCUGAGACGUUUGCAAUUUUUUUUGUUCUCAGAAGAUGUUUUAAACAUCCCCUUGAUUGUAUUUUCCAGGAUGACACAGUGGCUCAAUGACACUUUUCGAAUACCUCUUCUCUACGAUCUCCUGACAACGACGGUCCUGAUAGGACUCGUAGUCUACCAAUUUUUAUUGCAUUUAGAUGAGGCCCACGUGUUUGGGGUGGUUCAACUGGCCACUUAUAUUCUCUCCAUGACGAUAUUAGUCUACACCAAUUGCUUCAUGGGAGAGUGUCUGCAUACAGAGUGUGCUGCACUUCUGAAUGCGUAUUAUGAAUGCAAUUGGUACGAGAUGUCGGAUUUCUGCAAGAAAGCAUUGAUUAUCUGUAUGGAAACGACUCAGAAUCCGAUUCAUUUAACGGCAGGAAAGUUUCACAUAUUUUCACUGGAAAGUUUUGCGCAGAUAAUGAAAUCAUCGAUGGUGUACGUGUCAAUGCUACGCAAAAUUAUUUAAUACUACCGUAAUCCAAUUCGUUGUUCUACUGAGUGUCGAGAUGUAUACGAUUAUGAGUGGAACAAUGAUUUCAUUUUGAGGAGAAUAU